AUGCAAGACGGAGCCACAGCUCAGACAGCCCUGGAGUCACUGAGCAGUAAUGUCGCAUCUAAAGUCGACUUUGUCCUCCCUCAGGGUGCCAUGAAGGCUCGCUGCGCGACCUACUGGGGUCGUUACUUGGAGACAUUCAAGGAGUGCUGGCCGCAGUGCCUCAACGUCUGGCUUGUCUUCGUAUGCACGCUGUCCAUCUUUCCGGCUAUUCAGUCUAACAUCAGGGCUGUCGACCCGGAUUUCUUUAUUUCAGACACCUGGUUCACUGAUAUUACCUGCUUCCUCUUCUUCAACCUGUUCGCGAUGCUCGGGUGUGUCCUCAGCGCCUUCUUCACUUUCCCUGCUGCGAGAUUUCUCUGGAUCCCAGUUCUCAUUCGCCUCGUUGUCUUCCUGCCAUUUUUCCUCUUCUCGAAUUACGUUGUCAUAGAAACGCGCCAAAUGCCCUUGUGGAUUUCCAAUGAUUAUGUCUACCUCCUCGGUUCGAUAAUAUUUGCUCUGACCAGCGGUUACUUCGCUUCCCUGGCCAUGAUGUAUGCACCACGGUGA